UUGUCCCGCGAGCGCUCUGAUUCACUCAACUCAUAACCGUCGGCUACAAGGCAGAGGAGAGCAUGAGCCACCCUGCACAUGAACUGUCUCCGUCGGCAAACUUCUCGCUCUCGUUUCUUCCCGAUACCGAAAGCGCGGUUGAUCGAUUUAUUCUUAAAUUAAUUGAUAGCAGACUUCCACCUGACCAGCGUGUUUAAAACAAACAUCCCGGAACUCUGCUGUUCACCUGAGACGCACGAGGACAUCGUUUGCAUGAAACUGUCAGAUAAAAGCAGUGGAUGCAACUCCGCUCCCUUUAUAGAAGAAAGGUGGACGAGUGGGACAGCGUCUGAAGAGGACCAGCUGAGCACCGGCGGAAGCGCCUCGGCUAAAACUCCCUCCAAACAGAGCCUGAAGUGCACCAUGUCCCUCAGCACUUUCCACCUCAUGCAGACUCUUAAGAACUCCCCAGCCGCGCUGCGUCGCCGCUUUCGCCGCGACCGCACCGAGUCUCUGUCCCACGGUGACCCUCUCUUCAAGGUCCACUACCUGGGCAUGGAGAAAAUCUUCUCCCUAGACCGAGAGCAGGCCCAGGACGCCAUCAGCCGCUUGCUGGAGGGCGUCGCCAACGGCAAGAAGCUGAGCAAAGACCACGCCCUGGUGGUGCGGCCGAGGUACGUGGAGGUCAAGGAGCUGAGCACGGGCCGGCAGCUCACCAAGACGUACCUGCAGGACAUCGCGUACUGCGCCGCCGACGCCACCCGGCCCAACGUCUUCUUGUACAUCUGCAAGCACCAGGGGCAGCAGCUGCAGUGUCGGGUGUUCUGGUGCAGCCGGGCGGAGCGGGCGCGGGACAUGACGGCCUGCCUGGCGCACUCCUUCCAGCGGGCGCUGAGCGACUGGCAGCAGGACGUCCCGGCCACGCUGCGGCCGGGAGAGGUGAAGGGGAAGCGGGCGGAGGAGUCGUCGAAGUCUCCCGCCAUCGCUAAGAGUUCCACGCUGCCUGCCAGUCUGGGAAAAGUUCGCUGGAAGAAGAGAAGCUGCUCGGUGUCUCGCAGCCCCCUCAGAGCCAUCACGAGGAGAGGGUCUGCCUCUGACAGCUGGAGCUGAACCCCCGCUUUAACCCUUCAAACAUGGGACCACGUUAAACUGACGCUCUGGAAAAUGGGGAAAGUCCAUAUAUGGAUGUAUGAGGACUGGAUGUUGCCUUAAUCAGUGAGCAUAUGGACCUGAAGGUUUGCAGCACGUCUAAUGUAGAACAGAACGCUGUUGGUGGCUGCCUUUGUUCACACGUCGACGGCUAUGUGAGGACUUGUGACUGGUUCCAAGCCAUUUGAGGACGGGACUGGUUCCUUUCUGUGGCUCCUUCUCUUUUAUUUUUGGUUUGCUUUGUUUGUUUUAAGUCUACUUGACACUUUAGCCGCGGAGGAGUUUUUCCUGUUGGAAAGAGACGAUUAAAACAAGGAUAGCAGCUGUUGGCCAAAUGAUCCACGGAUGACAACCAAAACCUGGCAAAAAAGAUGACGACAGCUUUUAUUUUUUUAAGGCGGAUUUUUAUUUAACUGAUAUUUGUGACAGGUCAUGAUGAUUUCAUUUUAUUAUUAUUGUUAUUAUUUUUAACCCUUUGGCACUGGUAUGUUUCUCUUUUAUUCUGGAAUCGCUGUGAGAGUUUUGGCCUUAUGAUUAUGUCGAUGUCAAGAUACAGACAGAAAAAUGCAGGCACGUCAUUCAAAACGUUCAUUAUAGUCCGUAAUGCACAUUAUGCAGUUAGUCAGUGUUGAGCACUUUCUGUAAAAUAUGACAUCUAAACACAUCAGUUGAAUUCCUACUCAAGAAAUCCAGUUUUAUCUUUUCUUACAUUUUGAAGAAGCCAGUAGAAGCAGCACCUGCAUCAUAAAAAGACCUGAGCAGAACCUGCACGGUCAACAAAAUCCUCCCUGUAUGCACCACAGCAGCAUCCUGCAAACCCCCCCCCCCCCCCAAAAAAAACAGAUCCCGACUGUCCACUGCGAUGAAUUAAUUGCAUUUAUGUGGUGAAAAGCACACUCGGCCAUGACUUGCGGGUUUGUGUCCGAACACUGGGAACGCUGUGUUCCCAUGUGGCGCCUCUGUGCGGAAUGCUCGGCCAUGCACCUGCAUUCCAAAUGGGGAGGGGGGGGGGGGAUUUUGAGAGAUGUCCAACCAUGACUUUUGCAUAUUGAGCAGCCUCGUCAGUUGAUGCUACACUGUGCUUUUCACGCCGCGACGGUUAUCGGCAGUGAUGUGUGCCGUAUUGCGUAACAUGAUGGUGCUUUCUGUCUUAUGGUUUACAGAUGAGACUUUAGGAAUAGUGGUGUCAUUUUGUGUUUUCUGACCAAAACUAAGCUAGCGAUGUCGCCUUGUUCUUUUUAACAGAACGGGUGUUUUUGACUGAUGUGCCACGAGGUUUUUAUCAGUUCAUUUUAACAUUUUGUACUCGUGAUGUAUCUUUUCCAGCUACAAACGGCACAGCCCUGCUCUCAGAAAAUGGGGGUUGAAGUGCCUGCUCCAAGGUGUAUUUUAUCGGUGUACUGUUUUUAUGUCAUUGUACAUAUUUAAUGAAAUAUGUAUUUUAAGAAAUAAAACUUUUUAUACAACA